CCUCUUGUUCUACCAGUUUCCUUGCCUUGAUGAAUUCAUACAUAAUGAUGUAAUAAACAGUCCAAACCCUUUGGUAUUUAUCGUCCUUGUCAAACUUAAUUAGUAUCUUGUGUAAAUAUCCUGCAUGAAUUAUUUUCCUUCAGAAAGUAGCCAAAUUUUGUACAUUUAUUUCAUACCAGGCUGAAAAUGAGAGUCAUUCCAUUUCAUCGGUUUUAAGUAUGUACAAUGUAUUCAGUCAUAUUUGUUUUACAGGAAUGCGGGGAAGACCAAAGGUUGUUAUAGAAGAAGACCAACUUAAAAUGCUUCAUAAUAUGAAUUAUACGGCUAAACAGAUGGCUCAGCACUUUGGAUGUUCUGCUAAAGUUGUUUACAAACGGUUGUAUGCUUGUGGUCUUCAUCAAAGGGAUAAAUAUUCCAAUAUAAUAGACGAUGCUCUUGAUAGUGUUGUAGCUCAAACACAGACAUCCUUUCCAAAUGCAGGAUCAGUUAUGAUGAGUGGAAUAAUUCAGGCAAAAGGUACUCUAGUUCAAAGACAGCAUCUUCGCAAGAGCAUAGAAAGGGUGAAUCCCAUACCUGUGGCUCAACGUUUUGCAAGGACUGUGUCCAGACGACAUUACCAAGUCAAGAUGAGCAACUCCUUGUGGCAUGUUGACGGACAUAAGAAGUUGAUCAGAUGGGGAAUAUCAACACAUGGAGGCAUUGAUGGUUAUAGCCGUUUGAUUGUGUUUCUUAGUGCAGACACCAACAACAAAGCAAAGACAGUAUUGAGGCAUUUUGUCAAGGCCUGUCAGAAGUGUGGUGUACCAUCAAGAUGGAAGAGGUUUUAUCCCAACAAGGAGCACCAUUCAGUGUGA